UGUCUAGAGCAACAGCCCACCAAGUUUCCUCGGCAGAAGAGAUUGCGGCUGUAGCCGCAGGUUAGGGCUCUCUCCCAUUUGCGGAUGGUCAGAGAUCCUUGAUCGUGGAAAGAAGUCGGGAAACUCAGAUUUCCGAAGGAGACGAGGGUCGCUGAGUUCUACAGACGCCGGAGCUUGGGGAGUAACCAGCUGCCACCCCCUCCCGGAGCCAGGGGCUGCUAAGUAAGCAUUGAAGGUUUCGCUGACGUCCCAACUGGUCGCUGUUAGCUUUGCCUGAUCUGCAAGAUCCUGCAUGAAUCCCGGUGGACUCAGCAGACACGGCUUUGCACCCGGGGAAUGAGCAGGAAAAGGCGCCGCCUGCUUCUGCGGCAUGUUCCGCGUUAAGAAGCACAGCAUUCCCAGACCUGUCACCAGGAACCUGGAGGAUUUGGAUUCGGUUCAGAGCAUCCUGCUGCACAGUGACCUUGUACCUGAAUGGUUGGAUAGCGUACAGAAAAAUGGAGAAUUGUUCUAUCUAGAGCUGAGUGAAGAUGAGGCAGAAACUCUCCUUCAAGACACCUCUCUGGAUCUGCCUAUGGUGAACCAUGUCAGGUUUUGUGAAAAUGAAGCUGAGGUUAUUCAUGAUGGAUCUCGAAAAAAUAGAAAGAGUGAACACAGACUGGAAAAGUUCACUAAAAUAUUAAAAUAUAGAAAUGUUUUAUCAAAACGUUCUAGUAAGAAGACAACAAGAAGCAAGUGUGAUGUUCAUGCCUCUGGCCCAGCAUCCAUAUUGAAACACCCUUCCUGUCAGAAGAUGGAAAAUGUAGUCCAGCAACAGUACAAAAAUGUCUACAUUUAUGUAAAUCCAAAGAGGCUAUCAAAUGCUGAGACAGGGGAGCAACUCAAGCUUCUGGAAUCAUUAAUAGGGAUUAUCCAUCAAUCUCCAUGGAGAAAAGCUGAAAAACAUCCACACAGUUUUGAAUCUAGAAGUGUUGACGAAGAGAAACUCAUAAUACAUGGUUUGAUACCAGGCAGCUCAGCAAUAAAGUCUGGUCACAUAUUGAUUGGAGAUGUUCUUGUUGCAGUAAAUGAUGUUGAUGUAAAUGCUGAAAAUAUAGAAAGGGUUCUGUCUUGCAUUCCCGGUCCCAUACAGGUGAAACUUACAUUUGAAACAUCAUUCUUUGAGUCAAAAGAAACAUCCCAGCAAAGACAUAAGCAGACACAAUCCUCCAUGAAUAACCUGCUCAAAAUGCUGUCGAGAGACCAUAACAAUGACCCGCAGUUGUCUAUCCAAAGUGUACCACAUAUUAUUAUGUACCUUUCACUCAAACUGGAUUCUGAUACAUCUAAGGAUGAGCAAGAAAUUCUUUACCAAUAUCCCAUAUCAGAAGCUUCUCAAAAAAUGAAAAGUAUAAGAGGAAUAUUUAUCACGCUGUGUGACAUACUGGAAAACAUGACAGCAACUCAUAUUAUCAGCUCAUCUUUGUUUUUAUGUGGGAAACUGAUCCAUAUUGCUUACUGGAAGGAAUCUGAUAACCUCCUUGUAAUUGGCCUCCCUGCUGAAAGCGUUCCUCUUUCUCAGCUAAGGAACAUGAUUGCAGAUGUUGUCCAAACUCUAACAUUCAUGUACAGCUCUCUGGACAGUGCUUUUUGUCAGGCAGGAAAUGGUUCUCGGUUGGAUCAUUUUUUCAGCCUGUUCUUCCAGCAAGCCCUCCACCCUGCCAGACUCCCUAAUUCUCAACACUAUGAUAAGUGCAGUUCAUCGCUUUUAUACAACUUUCCAGGAGUGCGGUGGUUGUUGCUGCCACAAGAAAUUAAGGUAGAAAUUGAUACAGCUCUGAGUGACUUGGAGGCAGCAGACUUCGCAGAACUAUCUGAAGAUUACUAUGACAUGAGACGGCAGUAUACAAUUUUGGGCUCAUGUCUCUUCUACAAGGGAUAUUUAAUUAGUAGUCACUUGCCAAAGGAGGAUUUACUUGAUAUUGCAUUAUAUAGCAGGCAUUAUUGCCUUUUGCCCUUGGCAGCAGAACAGUGUAUUGCUCAAUUAGUAAUAUGGCGAGAAGUGUUUCCACAACACCAUCUUCAGGGAUGUAAAGCUUCUUUGGAAGGAUAUGGAGAACCUAAAGCAAGAUACUUUCUACUCACAGUUGGUCUGAGGCACUUCGUGUUGAGUGUCUUGCUGGAAGCAGGAGGUUGUUCUUCCAAGGCCAUUGGAAAUCCAGGACCAGAUUGCAUAUAUGUAGAUCAGGUCAAAGCAACAAUCCUUCAGUUGGAUGGCAUAGAUCUCAGCAUAGAUGAAACACUGGAAUCACCUUCUACUCCACUGCUGUCCUGUGUUGACUGGUUUCUCCCUUCAUCACGGGACAAACUGGAAAGCUUGGCCAACUUGUCUCUUCUCAACAAACUGCAGUAUACGACAGGCACUAUAAGUUCCCCAGCAAACAAAAACAUGCCAUUUAGUGAUUCUACCUUAAGGACACAUAAGCCUAGUCCCUUAAGUAAUAGCGGAGUGUCUGACUAUGGUAGUAACAGUCCUGAAGCAGGAAGUGGGAACCUUAAUACAUAUUCUGCACAAUCUAAAGGUCUUGGUGGACUUGAUGGAAGUAACAGUCUCUUUAAGGUAACUAAAAAGAAGAAUGUUCUUCUAAAUCCAUUUAAUUUAGGAACCCUCAAAAAGAACUUUUCGGAUAAGGAAGCUGAUCUGUAUAAUGUUAUGAAGUUGACAUCUGGUCCUGAAAACACUCUCUUCCACUAUAUUUCUUUAGAAACAAUGCAUGGAAUUUUUAUCACUCCAACACAUGCUGAAGUAGCACAGCUCAGUGGAACUAUCCACCCCCAACUUGUCAAGAAUUUCUAUCGCUGUUGCCUUUCUAUCCGUUCCAUUUUCCAGCAGACCAUGAUGAAAGAAACUAAAAAGACUGCAGGUUCUGGGAGAUGUUCAGAGUCCCAAAAAGCGAAUUCUGGCUUUCAUCAAGUGAAAGAACAUGGAGUGUUGUUUGAAUGUUCUCCUGACAACUGGACUGACCAAAAGAAACCCCCACCAACUAUAAUGUACUGGGUUGUAGGGAGACUCUUCGUAGAUCCAAAGCCUCGGGAGUUUUAUGUCUGUUUUCAUGACUCUGUUACGGAGGUUGCUGUUGAACUGGCUUUUAAACUAUCCUUUGGUUUAGCUCUGUAAAUCCAUUUAGCUAUAUAACCAUCAUAAGCAGAACUGCAAACCUUCCAAGGCACUAAGGCUGACAAAUAUGAAUUAAACCAUGGUUUUCGUCCUGAAUUCUCUUGGAGGUUUUCCUCUAGAAUAGCCUCCUUGAUGUAAUAAUUUUUCAAACAGUUAUAAUAACACUUGGAUGUCAUCAUCUGUUUUCUCAGGAGACUGACUUCUUAAAAUUUUUAAAAAUCUAAGCGAGUUGUGAUGAUUUACUAUUUAGCGACAAACUUUACACAUAAGGGCUGUUACAAAGGAUGGUAUGUACACAUGAACCAUAUGUGGACCAGUAUUCUCAUAGCUGAGUUUCUUCCUUGCAAGGUGCCCAUGUUAUAAGCUCCAAACAUCUGAUAAACUUUCCUCAAGUUCAAAAUGCAGUUUAACCGGGGGGGGGGAUUUAUGGGGCACCUUGUGAAAAUGAACAGCUGCAGAGGACUUAGUUUCACAUACGCUCUUUUGGACUUCAACCAAGCGCAUGUAUUGUAGCAUUUAACAUAUUAUUACAUAGUGUACAAGACACAGUAUGUGACCUGUUUGGAAUUCUGGUAUUAUAAGUUCAGUGAAAAGCAAAGGAUUUUUUUUCUGAUUUGUAUCUUACAGAGUGGAACGGGGGGGAGAGACUACCUUACAUUAAAGGGCUAUAAUAAUAAUUUAUACUAUAAAAGGAUAUUAUGUAUAGUUAUGUAAAUAAAAAAUUACUUGUCACAUUGUAAAAUCGAUCUAUUUACUGAUGCUCUGUGGCACACAAACAGGAGAAAUUAACCAUUUUGUUUUC